CUUGAAUGGGAACAUCAAAAUCUUGCCGAACAAAUUAACUUUUUGAUCAAUAUGUAAGCAUCUCGUUUUGGGCUUUAGGGAAUACAAUUUGGCAUGACAAAUAUCCUCAUUCCUCUGUUCAGUACUUACGCAUGCGAGUCUGACCAUCGACAUGUUCUGGAAAAUGUUGAGGUUGAGGUUGAUCAUGCGAGUCUGACCAUCAACAUCCUCAUAUCCUCAUGUGAGUCUGGCCAUCCAACAUAUUCAGUCCAAUCAAAAUGAAGAAAACAUUUAUAUUUGAUAAGUGUUGGUUAGAUAAUGAGGAUAUCAAGCGUAUUUUUACCGAUGGAUGGAAUUACACAUACCUUCCUCAAAACACCACGAUCAUAGAUCAAGUAUUCAGUUGUAGGAGGGCUUGAGUCAAUGAAUAUGAGAAUGUCCAGAACUCUGAAAAACAAGUGGAAGAGUUCAAGGAAAAGGUGGAUAACUUAUAUUCGAGUGAUUGAGUGGAUAUGCCACAACAGUGAACAUUGCGAAGGCUUUGAAAAUAUUGAUUAUGCUUUAAAUAUAGAGUAUGUUUAGGAAACAGGAGAGUCAGGUGCUCUGGCUCCGGUAAGGGGAUAGAAUUUCAAAAUUAUUUUUCACUAGUACUAAACAGGGACGAGCAAGGAAUCAGAUAAUCAUGUUAAUAUAUGAUGUUAGAAAUCAAAUAGAAUAUGAGGAAGGUUUAGUAUCCAUUGCUACUAAAUAUUUUAGAGAGAUUUUUGAUUCAUCAAAUCCAACAUGAAUAGCUGAAUCUCUAUCUAGUGUUAGCACAUUUAUUACUGUUGCUAUGAAUGAUGAGCUGACAAAACGAAUUUCAGAGUGGGAGGUUAAGUGAGUUAUAUUUGCAAUGCACCUAAAAAGGCACCCGGACCUGAUCGUAUAGCGCACUUUUUAUGAAAAAUUUUGGGAAAAUUUCAAAUGAGACCUGACCCAUAUGGGCAAUGAUUUUUUCAUGGAAUAAAUGCACCAAGACUUAAUUAGACGAACAUUCUUAUUAUCCCAAAGAUUGAUCAACCUCAAUAAAUGACACCAUUUUAGACUGAUCAGCAUGUGCAAUGUUAACUAAAAGAUUAUUUCAAAGCUCUUAUGCUAGCAUCUGAGGAAGAUCCUGCCUAACCUAAUCUCUGAAACUCAGGUGGCCUUUGUCCCUCGGAGGCAUAUUACAUAUAAUAUAUUGAUAUCUCAAGAGAUGUUCCAUGUGUUGCGAACGAAUCCAGGUCGACGUCAUAAGUGAAUGGCGAUAAAGACAGAAAUGAGAAAAACAUAUGAUAGGAUGGAGUGAGAUUUCAUUGAGCCGGUAAUGGAGAAGAUAGAUUUUCACAUAUGUGGAUCGUUGAAUUAUGAGAUGUAUUAAUUAUGUCAAGUACCAGUGUUUUUAAAUGGUCAACCCAUAGGGAAUAUUAUACUGAAGAGAGGAUUAUUUCAAGGAGACCCUUUGUUUUUUUUUUAAUCUUUAACUAGUGCACAGAAGAGCUCGUUAGCCUUCUAAAUCAUGCAGAAUUUUAGGGUAAGAUAACAGGAAUGCGUAUUGCACACACUAGUCUUCCAGUGUCUCACCUACUUUUCGCAGAUGAGUUUUCUUUUGUAAGGCAGAGCCCCUAAAAUAUGAUGAACUUAUAGAAGUUAUCUAAACUUAUGGCAAAGCAUUGGGUCAAUGCAUGAAUUUUGACAAAUCAUAUUUUCUCUUGGCAAACAAAUUUGUGGGACGAUGAAGGAGUCGAUAAAAACUGUUUUGGGUAUUCAUAAUGAAAGGGAAAUGGGCUCAUAUCUCAGCAUACAUGAGGAUAUCAGUGGAUCAAAAUGUAAGUUCUUAGCUUUCAUUAAGGAAGGACUACAUAAUAGAUUGGUUGGGUGGUCAGCGAAAUGGUUGUCUAAGAAUGAAAAGAAGGUCCUAAUAAAAUCAUUUGCUUUGGCUUUAUCCACUUAUGUUAUGCUGUGCUUUCUUCUUUCUUAGGAGAUUUCUGAGAAACUAGCUAGUGCCACUGCACGAUUCUGGUGGAGUUUGAAAGAAAACAUGGAAUGAGAUUCAAGGUGAUUCAUGAGUUUAAUCUAGAUUUUUUGGCUAAGAAACUUUGGAAAUUACUUUAGUUUCUAGAUGCGCCCUUGACUAGGGUGUUGAGAGGAAAAUACUUCAAAUUCAGAUCGCCUUUACGAGCUAAAUUGAGCGAUAACCCUUUUUAUGCUUGGACUAGUAUUGUAGCAUCGAAGGCCUUCCACUCAUUUGGUAUUAGAAAAAAUCUUCACUCUGGUUAUGAGAAAAAAGGAUGAGAGAAUCCAUGGAUUCCAACGAUCUCAGCUGGAAUCACUUGUGGUCCAAGACUAUAUUUACUCUAACCAAGAGUUUACUGGUAAGUCACGAUAGAAAACAUGAUGGGUAUUGCUAGAUUUAUACCAGACAUGGUUUCUACACAGUGAGAUAAUGGUGUUGGGUGGCUCACAAUGUGAUGGUAGAAGGAGUCUCAGAUAUAUGCACAGAGCCGAGUUUACGUGCGUUUCAGUCUUAUGUUUGGAAAAUUAAAGCGCUCCACACCAUGUGUCAUCUUAUUUGAAAGCUGACGAUUGGUCAUAUGGCAGUUACAGAGAACUUAACAUACAGAAAAAAAUGAGAUGUGACAAUCAUUGUCCCAGAUGUGAGGAAGAAGACGAGUCGAUAAACCAUGUAGUUUUUAAAUGUCCCACGGCAUUGCAAACUUGGGUUUUGUCGUCUACACCAUCAAAGCCAACAGCCUUGCCUUCAACAAAUGUUUAUACAAAUAUGAACUAUUUGUUUUGUAGAAAAAAAUUACUUUCAAAACUUAGAAGAUAACCAAGAUCCACAUUAGAAGCAUGCAUCAAAGCCACGUUUUUCUGAAAGAACUUGUUCGAUUAUUGAGGGAGAAUGACUUUUUCUUUCUAUUUGUAAUACAGAUGUUAAUUUAAAGACUAAUGAAAGUUGUGUUUACAAAAAACAUUGGUUCGAAAAUAACCUAUAAUUUUAAUUCUUGAAAAAUAGGAUUCACAUUUUACAAUGAGAAGAAACCGGUUUCAAAAUUUUUAAUUGCUGGAAUCACAAAACAAGAGAUAAUUUGUGUAGAUACAUACUAUGUGACAAUUUCAAGAGGACGAUUAGCUCGUACCCCAAAUUUAUACGGAUAAACAUUAUUAUAUACUAUAUAGUAGUACAAUAUUGGUAUGACGACCUAGUAUAAUUUGGGAAUUUUUUACUCUCUAAAACACUUUUUGUCUUUCAAUUUACACAAAAGGACACUUGUUGCUGGAGGCACAUUUCUUUAUUGUGUAAUGUCCUACAUGCCCUCAAAUUAACUAAAUUCUCUCCUCACUAACUAAGCUGUCACUUUCCAUAUUUUUAAAAAUAGUUCAACAAAUCAGUUUCUUUAUUUUCGAGUUUUCGGAAACCAUCAUUUAUUCUCUCUCUCGCUUUACUUUUUGAAAUUCAAAUCUAAUUUUCCCAAUUUCCCAGCCCCUUCGUUUACUAACCAUAAUUCUGCUAAAUCUUUUCUUCUUCAUCUUCAAUUUCUCUGUAAAACACCAUGAAUCCAGAAGGCUCACAGCGGUUGUGACUGUAUAAUCUCGUAUCUAUCUCUUCAUAUCUCAUCACCUUUCUCCUUCAUUCUCCGUCGCCCGAUUUCAAUACCUUUCUCCUUGAAACCCCUAACCUUUUUUAUAUUUUUUUCUUUUUUUAAUUGUUUGUGUUGUACUUUUUCAAUUGAAUCGAAUCUCUGAGAUUUUGUGGACAUGAGAGCUGACGAGCAGAUCCGAGAGCUCCGGUAUGGACAGGACAACGCGACGGCAACCAGGUCCGACUUCCGUUUUGGAGAGGACGACAGGACGGCCAACAGAUUCGAGAUCCGGUAUGGAGAGGACGCGACGACGAGCAGGUCCCACCUCCGUUGUGGAAAAGACGAUGACAAGCUCUCGUGCCUAUUAUGUUUUGUGAUUAUGUUUUCUGAUGUGUCUAUUAGAGAUUUUACGGAUGAUGUAAGCUCUUGCUUGUUGAUUAUAAACCCUUCCUCAUGAUUAAUAAAAUUGGCUUCAUCUGUUUAUUGAACAUGCUAUCUUUGUUUGGUUAAUUGGAUUUAGGAUAUGCUUUAAAUAUGUUUGGACUUUACAUGCUGGAACAUCUUCAGGCUCAGCUUGAAGCAGUCAUUAAGUCUUACAAGCUUCUAUCAAUUUGUUAAGGUCUCUUUUAAAGGCGUCGAAUCAGGGACUGGUUCUUUGAACUUUGUAUGAUUUGUCUACAAACUUUGUCCACAAAAAUCUUGUCCACAAAAUUUUAUACAUAAAAUUUGUAAGAUUGAGAUUUUUGUCCAUAAAAUCUUGUCUAUAAAAUUUUGUACACUAAAUGUCUCUGCCAUUCAGUGGAUAUUUUGAAUUUAUCCAUCAAAAAUGUAUCUACAAAAUACCAAAAAGCUAUCCACAAAUACAUGUCCAUGACUAUUUUAAAUGUGUCCAUCAACAAUGUAUCCACAAAAGUGUGUCCACAGGUAUCAAAAUAGACAGUAUGUAAUUUAAAUUUAAUUUUGAUAAAUAUUAAAAUACAUAUAUAUACAUAUGGAUAUCAAAAUAUAAAGAAAAUUUUUAAUAAUUUAUUUUAUGUUUUUAUAUAUUUAUUUAUACAGUAUGAUAUAAAAUAAUGACACAUAUAAUAUGUUGGGAAAUUUAAAAAGUUAUUUUUAGUAUAAAAUACUCUUUUGCUACAUAUAAAAAGAGUCAAAGUAUAUACACUCUCUCUUUUAAGGAAACACGUUGCUCAUCUUUUGGUCCCCACAAAGCUGACACUAAUUUUAUAUAAUAAAACUAACUCAUCACUAACCAAAGCAAAAGGGUAUAUGAGUCAAAACACAUAGGAAUGGAAAGGAAGAAAUGUCCCUCAAGUGAGAUGUGUUAAUGAAGUAAAAAAAGAGAAAAAAAUGUCUCAUUCCGUAAGUCUCUCAUAAUUUGGAUAACCGCCUACCAAAUUGAAUAUAUGGUACCAUAGGGAGGUUAGUUAUGGUCUUAUGGACGUAUAGUCUUAGUAUAUAUUUAAAUAAGCCUUGGCCACUAGUGGUGGCUACAUUUUAAAAUGCUAUGAUAAACCUUAAGUUUAGAAAUGUAUUGCCGUCGACCGACCUUUUCAAGAAUUAGUAAAUAAAAAUUUCAUAGACUUUAUUAAGAAAAUAUAAUCUCCCGAGUAUUUCAAAGUUUCACACACUAAUCAAAUCUUUAACCUAUUACAUAUCUAGUUAAUCUUUACUCUUACUCAACGUAUAUAAAUAGCGCUGCAUGCUUUACGGGAUUCAUCAAGUUAAAAAGAGAAGACAAUGGGGAACAUUAUCAUGGUGAGGAGAAAGAAGGCGACAGUAAUGAAGAUCGACGGCGAUACUUUCCGGCUCCAAACUCCGGCCCGAGUGAGCGACGCCACCAAAGAAUAUCCUGGCUUCGUGCUGUUUGACUCCGAGUCCGUGAAAAGAUAUGGAGUUCGCGUCAAGCCGCUUGAGCCGAACCAUAUCUUAGCGCCUAAUAAAACUUAUUUUCUAGUGGAGCUGCCUAACCUUGCGAAUAGGAAUAAGCUUCCGUUCCGAAGAGUUAUGUCCGGUAUACAUGUUAGCGCCAAGGAGCGUCUGGAAAUGCUAAUGCUUUCCCGGAGGGCCGUCUCUGACGUGGCUUUAGCAAGAUCUGACGGCGGAAAUGGGAUUGGGUCUGGACAGACGAGGGUGAGCCUGAAGCUGCCUCGGUCUCAGAUCAUGAAGUUAAUGGGAGAGAGCCACGAUGCAUCUGAAGUCACGGAGAGGAUCAUUGCUCUCUACCGAGAGAGUUCCGGCGAGAUACAAGGCGGCCGAGAUAGCAAUGAUAUUUGUUGGGAACUUGGAGCUGGAGUUUUGAAGAACAAUAAUUACAAGGCCCGAGAGAAGCAUGUGAGCUUCGCGGAGAACGGAGGGAAAGGUGAAAUUGUUGUUUUAUAGAGGAAAACGCUAGAGAAGCCAUCCAUUAUUAUCAAGAUUUUAUACUUUCUUACUUACCUGCAUGCAUUUGUUAAUUAGCACUCACAUUUGUUUUCCAAUGUUAAAUUUUCAUCUCCAAAGAGAAAUGUCAUAGAGAAUAUUUUCAGUGGAGACAUUAACUUCUUUGUCUGGUAGUGAAUGAAUCAAAACUUU